AUGUUGAGAGACGGUUGCAGUAGAUCUAUUUGGCCCUAUGUUGUCCUCAAAGCAUAUAGUUGUCGUACAGGACCUAGCUUCAAGAUUUCCAGCAGCAAAGUUGGUUGCCUCUACCAAAGCUUCCCAUGUUCUCCGGGUAUGGCCGAGAUAUAUAAUUCGUAUGGAAACCCAGAACAUCAAAUCUCGGAUAAUGGACCACCAUUUAACUCGGAAGCUAUGGAAGCAUUUGCUCAGAUGCGAGAUAUCCAUUCGAAGAAGAUCCCUCCAUUGCACCCAUCGGCUAAUCGUGUGGAUACCUUUAUGAAGCCGCUUGGAAAAACCAUGAAAAUAGCACACUAUAAUAGGUCCUCGGAGAAAGAAGCGCUUAACCACCUGCUGAUGAAUUAUCGUGACACUCCACACCCAGCUACUGGUAUUCCCCCUGCAGCUAUGCUUUUCAGAAAGGGUAGUAAAAGUGCCUUUCCAAGAAGAUCUGUACCUGCAAAGCAAGUGGAAGAGGCUAGAGGAAAGGACAAGGCAAUGAAGCAGGAUCGUGGGGACCAAGUUAAUGCAUCUAAGUAUAAGAUACCGUCAGAGUUUCAAAUUGGAGAUGAUGUCAAGUUACGAAAUUACAGAAAGUCCUCCAAGUUUGAUCCUGUAUUCCUUCCAGAGCAUUGUGAGAUUGUUGAAUGCUCAGAUGAUGGUCGAUUCCUAACUAUCGAAAGAAAGCGUGAUGGGAGGAUCUUUAAAAGACACCCGGAUUACGUCAAAUAUUACUACGGACCGCAUGAUACAGUUAUGGAAAGGGGCGUAAUAUCGGAUGAAGCUAUCGAAAAUGGGGAAUGGCAUAGAUGGUUUGAGCAGUGUAGACCCAAGGUAGAUGACAGUUAUGGAAGCGGAAAUCAAGAUGAGGAAGAUAAACAAGAGAAUAACCACGUAAAACCAGGGCAUGAGAAUGAAGGCGAAGUAGGCCGCGCAAACGACUGCCCUGGAUCUUGCAUUCCUCGUCGAUCACAAAGGCUACGAAGACCUAACCCCAGAUAUAUUGACUAUGAAAUGUAA